AUGAAUACGAUGCUGCAGCUUGGCGUUAGUCUUCUACUUCUGGCAGCAAAACACACUAUUGCGACGGCAGCAGUUCCUAGCCCUCAAUGCCAAAGUCGGUGCGGGGAUGUUGACAUACAGUACCCGUUUGGCAUUGGAGCGAAUUGCUCACUCGCAGAAUUGUUCAAUGUCGAAUGCAAGGUCCAACAUGGCAUUUCUAAGCCAUUUAUCGGCAACGUUGAGGUACUAAAUAUUUCGUUGAGCCGUAGCACAUUGCGGGUACUCAAUGGCAUCUCAACCUUUUGCUACAAUGCCUCCGGUCUUAUGGGAGGGGUUCAUUUUCGUUUCAAUGCAAAGAAUACCCCCUUCCGGUUUUCAGAUGUCUACAACAAGUUCACCGUAAUUGGGUGCAACACCCUUGCCUAUAUCGCCGAUGAUGGUGGCACGGGUUACCAAAGUGGGUGUUUCUCGCAGUGUCGUGACCUGUCAGGGCUAGUGGAUGGCUCUUGUUCCGCAUCGUUCAAUUUCAGCACGACAUACAUAAACACCACCAAGUUUAAUGGCACAAACGGCGGGCGGGUACCCAUGGUGAUCGAUUGGGCUAUCAGAGAGAAGUCAUGCGAUAUUGCCAAACAGAACAUGACAAGCUAUGCUUGUCUUAGUAGCAACAGCGAGUGUGUGGCUUCCACCAAUGGACCUGGGUACGUCUGCAACUGCUCUCAUGGAUACGAAGGUAACCCUUAUCUUCCAGACCCACAUGGAUGCCAUGAUGUUAAUGAAUGUGAUCGCAACCCAUGGCCAUGCCCUUCCGGUGGUGUUUGCCACAACACGGAAGGAGGCUACCGGUGUUCUUGUCGGAAGGGAAGGAAAUUUUCCAAGAGCAGCAAUACAUGCAUCCCUGAUAUCGGCUUGAUAAUUGGGGUUAUUAUAGGCUUCAUUGUUCUCAUGAUCAUUGCCUUCUGCGGACAAUUGGUAAUUCAAAGGAGAAAACUGACCAAAAUCAAGAAAGAAUAUUUUCGCCAACAUGGGGGUAUGAUUUUGUUUGAGAGUAUGAAAUCAAAAAAAGGUCUUGCUUUCACAGUAUUUACAGAAGCUGAACUCAUACAUGCCACAAACAAUUUUGACAAGAGCAGAAUAAUUGGCCAAGGAGGUCAUGGAACGGUAUAUAAAGGGACAGUCAAGGACAACAUGCUAGUCGCAAUUAAAAGAUGUGCACUAGUUGACGAAAGACAAAAGAAGGAGUUCGGCCAAGAAAUGCUCAUCCUAUCCCAAAUCAAUCACAAGAACAUUAUAAAACUCCUAGGUUGUUGCCUUGAGGUCGAAGUUCCGAUGCUAGUCUAUGAGUUCGUCCCGAAUGGAACAUUAUUCGAGCUUAUCCAUGGAAAGAACCAAGGGUUGCAAAUCUCUUUCAGCACCCUCUUGAGGAUUGCUCAUGAAGCAGCUGAAGGGCUUCACUUCCUACAUUCCUAUGCAUCUCCACCAAUUCUCCAUGGUGAUGUGAAAACUGCCAACAUACUUCUUGAUGAGAACUACAUGGCCAAAGUGACAGACUUCGGAGCAUCUAUACUAGCUCCAUCCGACAAAGAGCAGUUUGUCACAAUGGUUCAAGGUACAUGUGGCUAUCUCGAUCCCGAAUACAUGCAAACGUGCCAAUUGACCGACAAGAGCGAUGUGUAUAGCUUCGGUGUUAUCCUUCUAGAGAUUCUCACAGGCCAAGUGCCACUGAAGCUCGAAGGACCUGCGAUACAAAGAAGCUUGUCAUCAGUUUUCCUAUCUGCCAUGAAGGGGAACAAUCUUGACUCGGUGUUGGUGAGCGACAUAAAAGGCCAAGAGAGCAUGGAACUAAUCGGGGGACUUGCUGAGCUAGCCAAGCAAUGCCUUGAUAUGUGCGGCGCCAACAGGCCAUCGAUGAAAGAAAUCACCGACGAGCUGGGCCGAUUGAGGAAGCUUUCACUGCAUCCUUGGGUACAAGUCGAUGCAGAGAUGGAAACAGAGAACCUUCUUGGCGGACCAUCUACAAUUAAUAGUGGUCUUGAGAUUGAAACAAGUAGUACCGGCUAUCUUGGGGAGGAACGUGAGAACCUACCGAUGAACCCAGGAAGUACGUAUUAUGCGAGGUGAUUAAAAGGCUAAAGCAUGUAAAAUAGCAUUCCAUUAAUAAUUUGUGUACCAUGCUAGGGCGCUAGGCGCUUAGGCCAAUUUGUAGAACAUGUUCAAAUAUUCCAUUUCCUCUCUUUCUGAACCUGCUUAGUGGUUAUUACAUG